GUGUUUGCUUAGUUGCAUAAAUGACUGAAUGCCAAGUGUAUGCAUUGCAUAACUGAAGUUAUGUGAAUGAACCUGAGUUUAACUUGACUUUGAAGCGCACACACACACACACACACACACACACCUGUGAAAACCUGCACCUCUGGUGUGUUUUUUUUAACACCUGUCAGUCAAGUAUGGGACAUCGAAAUGAAUUUAUGUACAUUUCCAAGAUGGUAAUUCAAAUAGAAGUUUAAUUGCGACGCCCGAUAUCACACAUUUUAUUAUUUACUGUCACAGUACUACAGAUUAGAACAUUUGAGUGGGCUGAAUGGGAGGCAAUGUAUAAUGUUACUUCGCGCCGGUAAGAGGGUGGCGCACUGGCAGCAUCUUGUGGUUUCCGCAAAACAUUGCCAUCCAAUCGGAAAGCAGACAGACAGCUAGCGUUCGCUGGUGCCGGAGUGACGCCAUUUCGGGUUUGCAAGUCAACGGGUGCCAUUGUAAGGGCGUCAUCACGGUCGGCCACCAUGGUGAAGAUCUUCAUCGGCAACCUCUCCCCCAACACCACCACGGAGGAGCUGCGCUCGCUCUUCUCGCAGUAUGGCAAGAUCUCCGAGUGCGACAUCGUCAAGAACUUCGGCUUCGUGCACAUGGACGACAAGGCCGAGGCGGAGGAGGCCAUCCGCAACCUGCACCACUACGAGCUCAACGGCCAGGCCAUGAACGUGGAGCUGAGCCGCGGCAAGCCGCGCGCCUCCACCAAGCUGCACGUGGGCAACAUCAGCAGCAGCUGCACCAACCAGGAGCUGCGCGCCAAGUUUGAGGAGUACGGGCCCGUGGUGGAGUGCGACAUCGUCAAGGACUACGCCUUCGUGCACAUGGAGCGCGUGGAGGACGCCAUGGAGGCCAUCAGUGGCCUCGACAACACCGCCUUCCAAGGCAAGCUGAUGAGCGUGAAGCUCUCGACUAGCCGCCUGCGCACGGUGCCGGGGAUGGGAGAGAGGACGGGGUGCUAUCGGUGCGGGCAGGAGGGCCACUGGUCUAAGGAGUGCCCCCUGGACCAGAAUGGCGCCUACCGCGAAGGUGGCGGGGCCAUGGGCCCUGGUGGUGGCGGUGGCGGCGGCGGCUCCAACGGAUUCGGUCCCCCGAGGUUCGGCGGUCGUGGCGGCCGUGGCGGUGGCGGCGGUUUCCAUCGUGGCUUCAACGGAGCCGACCCGGCCUACGGUGGUGGCGGAUACGCGCCGCCGCCUCAUGCCGGAAUCCGGGGCGGUGCUUACGGCCGAGGUUAUGAGAGCGCUAUGGGCUACGGCGUGCCCCCCGCUUACAGCAUGCCGGCGGACCCCGGGCUGGCGCGUGCCUACGGAGGUGAGGCGGCAGCCUACGCCAGCCACGCCGCGGCAGGCUACGGCGCCGUGAUGCCCGGUUACCCACCCGCGCGCCGCGCCAGCGCCUACGACGAGCGAGACCCGUACAGCGUUGUGGACUUCUACGAGAAGUAUCGGGCGCGUCCGUACGGUGCCAGUUAUUUCGAGGACCACCGGCGCUCCCACGCUGUGCCGAUGCCCACCCCUCCUCCUCCUCCCCCUCCUCCUCCUCCUCCCCCACCCUCGGCCGCCGCCUCCAUCAUGAGGGAGCGCAUGUCCUCAAGCCUCGACCCGUACGAGCGGCGGCCCCUCCCCCCUCCGCCGGUGCCGGGGUCCUCGUACUACGCCCGCGACCGGAGCCCCAUCCGCCGCGUUCCCCCCGAGGCCGAGGGCUACUCGUACGAGCGGUCGCGCCUCUCCCCGGUCUCCUCGCUCCCCCGGGCCUCCGCGUACGACAUCCCGCGGGACCCCUACGCCGAUCGGGCGCGCUACGCUUAUUAGUCUCCUCCUCCUCCUCGAGUCGCACAACACACCUUUGCUGCAGCUUGUGAUGUGUUCCGACAUCAGCGCGAAUUGCGGGACGGUGACAAUAUCGCGGACGCGUUGCUUCGGUGCGUCGGUGGCCCUCGGUUUUCGGUUGCCUGUUCUAUAGAACACAGAUGUCUUUUUAGUGUUUACGUUGAUGAUUUUCUGAUAUAUAAAACUACUAUCGUAUAUGCUCGACUCAUGCAAUAGUUAGGUUUUCUUAUUUUAAAAGUAGGUGUGCGUACACAAUGGUUGUAGAUAGUAUCUCAAGUUGCCUCACUAUUCACUAUUGAAAUAUUUUACAUUAGUGGGUAAUUAAUUACCCUGUCUUUUGGUGCAUUCAUGUGCUCUGGGAAUUACGGUUAAUACCAAACGCCGACAUGGGAAACACACAUGAACGCCCCUUGUGGUAUUUUCCAAUGGAGAUCUCGUUGAAAAUGUCUAUAUACGAGUUUCUGAAACUGGAUAAUAUUUACUUCCGCGAGCACAUGAAAGGCACAUUUGUGUUCUCAUCAUGUUUCUCUUUUAUGCAGAAACCAAGUGUUAACGUACCCGUUCACUCCACUUUUUAUGCAGAAACCAAGUGUUAGCCUACUCAUUCACUCCAGUUAAUAUGCAGAAACCAAAUGUUAGCUUACUUGUUCACUCCAGUUAAUAUUAAGUUUGGCUCCAAAGGAGCUUUGGUGAAGAUCCGCAAAAGAUGAAUUUCAUCUCAUUCCUCAGAAUAGAUGUAUCAUAUCAUGUUUUUUCCUGUUUGUAUAUUUGUUUUUACAGCAUUCUGUGUAUGGUCAUUAUUUCCAUUUUUGCUAACCAUUUUAACUGAACUCUUCUCAUGAAAUCUUAAAGUGCAUCAUCAGAUUAUGAAUGUCCAGUGACCACCUCUCCCUAUCCUCGUGCCAGCGCUUUUUGUAGUCAUGCUUCUGUCAGAAGACCCACUUUUUAACCGAUUUAAAGACCUAACGGGUCAAAACAUUUUAACAGAAUUGACAACCCUGCUAAGGGAAAAUGUGCAUAUAUGCAGCAGCAGCUGCUCCUAAAGGUUGUGUUUCUCCCAGACUUAUAGGAACAGUCCACCGCACUUUCAUAAUGACAUGUUUUCUUCAAUGAAUUUAGAUGAGCUGAUAUGUACCGUAUUGUGCGUCCUUCCAGUCAUGGGAAAACUCGGAAGAGUUUGCUCGCAUCUAACUGCAGCCCCCAAAAAUACCAGCAGCCAUGCUGAGCCUUGCUACAUGCCCACGGGAGCAGUGUUGCCAGAUGUGUCUGAUCAAAUCCCACCCAAACGGUGCUCAAAAUACGCCUGGAAGCGCUAAAUGCUGCCCAAUUUCAACAAAUUGUGUUGUUUUCUAUGGGCAUAAAAGAGCAGAAAAACACGCCAAAUGGACGAUUUUUACCGUUUUUAUCCGCAGACGGCUAUCCCAAGCAGCCCACAAUCUGGCAACACUGAACAGGAGUAAUAGCACAUCUGAUUGACUCUGCUUGUUGAAAUUCAGAAAAUUAAAAGAUACAUUCCAAUAAUAGGUCAAUGCAACACUUACGUUACUGGCAAAUACAGUUUUUAAAAAUAAAGUUGUUCAUCAACUUCUGAUAUUCCCUAUGCUGCCCUCCAUGGGCGGUAACUGCUCUCAGCAACUAGGUGCUGCUGACCAUGUAUCCAUUGUUUAGUGAGUAUCACAUACGAUAUGCCAAACAAAAAGGCACAAUCAAUGCUGCAGUGUUUUUCUUUUUUAUGCUGUGAAAUUGUCAUCUUUCUGAAGGAUCAUGUGUUGAUUGAUCUGAUUGGGGUAAAUAUCUGUGACACAAUAUCUGAAUAAAGUCCAUAUAAAUGCA